AUGGUUAAUCUUAACCUCUCAUCAGUAACUGGAAAAUCUAAUCUGAACUUGGUGUUGUGUGGAGCUGAUCCAGGACUGAAGGUCAACAUCUCUAAACUUCUACAAAGAAAGAAACCAUCAAAUCAGAAAGAGUUCAGUUCAGUGUGUGUAAAGAAAGAAGAGAAGAUAGAUGGACAUCAGAUCUCUGUUGUUGAACUUCCAUCAUUGACUCAACUCUCAGAAGAUGAAGCGAUGCAUCAAUCCCUCCGUUGUUUGUCUCUCUGUGAUCCUGGAGUUCAUGUGUUUCUCAUCAUUAUUCCUGUUGGUCCACUGACUGAUGAAGAUAAAGUAGAAGUAGAGAAGAUCCAGAAGAUAUUUUACUAUAGUGAGAACUUCAUGAUGAUCUUCACAACUGAUGUCACCGUUGACAGACAUGUGACAGAUUCUCUAGAAUUAUAUGCUCAAUGUAAGAAUCUGAUCAGUGUCUGUGGAGGACGAUACAGAGUGAUUGGAUUAAAAGAACAUAGAAAAUCAAAACAAAUAACAGAACUGCUGGAUUAUAUAAAAGACAUGAAGACUGAACCAUAUACACUUCAGAUGUAUUUCAGAGCUCAAGAGAAAAGAGUGAAAGAUGAAAUUAAAGAUGAAUAUGAAAAAAAACUGAAUGAAAUGAAGAGAAAAAACAAAGAGUUACAGCUAAAGAUCAACAAAUAUGGUAUUAAAGAUGAACAGGAAGAUUUGAAUCAUUUAAGGAUUGUUUUGAUUGGGAGGACAGGUAGUGGAAAAAGCGCAACAGGAAACACAAUACUGGGAAGAAAUGAGUUUCUCAGCCGAUCAAGCACAGAUUCAGUGACGUCUGUUUGUGAGAAGAGAGUUGAUGAAGUUGACGGUCAAUCAGUAGCUGUUGUUGAUACGCCAGGUCUGUUUGACACAACACUACAAAAAGAACAAGUGUUGAAGGAAAUCAUAAAAUGUGUUUCACUGUCAUCACCUGGACCUCACGCCUUCAUCAUUGUGUUUAGUUUGGGUAGAUUCACCAAAGAAGAAUCAGAGAUUAUAGAUCUGAUGAAGAAGAUCUUUGGUCCUAAAGCUGCACAGUUCAGCAUCGUUCUGUUUACAAGAGGAGAUGAUCUCGAGGAUUUAUCCAUAGAGGAUUAUGUGAAGAAAUGUAAAUCUGCAGAUCUAAAUAAACUGCUCAGAGACUGUGCAGACAGAUACCUGGCCUUUAAUAACAGAGACAAACAAGACAGAACUCAAGUGACGAAACUGAUAAAGAUGAUAGAAGAGAUGAAAACAACAAACCAUGGCCAAUAUUUCACUAACAGCAUGUUUGAAGAAACAGAGAUGAGCAUUCAAAAGAAAAUGGAGGAAAUACUGAAAGAGAAAGAAAGAGAAAUUCAAGCUGAAAAAGAGGAAAUAAAAGCCAGACAUGAGAUUGAAAUGGAAAACAUGAAGAAGAGAUUAGAGGAAGAGAAAAGAAAAGCAGAUGAGGAAAGUGUGAAAAUUGAAAAUAAAUUUAAGGAGCAGGAAGAAACUCUAAGGAAAGACUUUGAGGAGAGAGAGAAAACAGAAGAGCAGAAACGAGAGAAAGAGAAACAGAAACGAUUACAGGAGGAAAAACAACAAAGAGCUGAAUAUCAUCAGAAGAUAGAAGAGAUGAAGAGAGAGAUUGAACAACAGAGAUCACAGUAUGAAAAGAAAGAGAAAGAAAGAGAAGAGGAGGAUAGAAAGAGAGAAGAGAAAUACAGGCAAGAUCAAGAGAAGAUGAAACACGAACAAGAACACAUAAUAGCAGAAUUAAAAAAGAAACAAGAGGAGGAGAAUAAAAAGAGAGAUUUAGAUGAACAGAAAAGAAGUAAACAAGAAGAAAGAGAAAGAAAAGAAUGGGUGAGAAAAAUAAAAGAAGCUGAAAAUGACAGAAAAGAGACUCGAGAAGAAAUUAAACGACAACAAAGAGAAUGGGAGGAGGAUAAGAAACGACAGAUGAGAGAGAGAGAGGAUGAUGAGAGAAAGAGAAGAGAGAGACAUGAAGAAGAACUGAGAGAAAAACAAGAAGAGCUUGAGAAAAUGAGAAAGAAAUUUGAAAGAGAGAGAGAUGAAGAAAGACGACAGAGAGAAGAAGAGACACAGAAACAGAGACAAGAGAGAGAACAGAAAGAGAGAGAAUAUGAAGAAAAGAGAAAUGAAAUGAUGAAACAUUAUGAGAAACUGGAUCGAGAGAGAAAAGAGGAGUGGGAGAGAAAAAGACGAGAAGAUGAUGAGAAAAGAGAAGAAGAGAGAAAGAGAUGGGAGAAAAGAAUUGAGGAUAUAAAACGAGAAAAAGAAGAAGAGAUCAGAAGAAGAGAAAGAGAGAGAAAAGACAGAGAAUGGGAAGAGCAAGAAGAAAUUAAGCAGGAACACAAACAGAGAAUAAAAGAGAUGAAGAAGAAACAUGAAGACGAAGCCAGAAAACAAGCAGAAGAAUUUAAUGAAUUAAGAGAAAGAAAAGAUGAACACAUUAAAGAACUUAAAGAAAAGCUGGAGGAAGAACAGAAACAACGCGAAUUACUGGAAAAACGUCAUCAACACUUUCAACAACAGAAAAGUCCAGAAAUAAGAGAGCUACAAGAAGAAGUUGAAGAGCUGAAAAAUAAAUCAUGUUGUGUCAUUCUGUGAAAGAGAACAAACACAACAAUAUAAAUACUAAACAUGAUAUUUAAUAUUGCAGUACUGCAUUAAUCACAUUAUACACUAUUAACUUGAACAUCUAGUCUGACUGAAGUCUGCUUGUGCUAAACCUAAACAUCUCUCUGGAGUUCCCGCUGUCAUUUUAAAUGAUGUCUGUUUCACUUCAGUAACUGAGGGGCUGUUUACACUUGGUAUUAAGAUGUGUUUUCAUCGAUCAGAUCACAAGUGGACGAGAGAGACACAUUACGUUUACACCUGGUAUUUAAAUCCGUCUCUUUUGUCCACUUUCGACCGCAUCUGUCCUGAAUACUGUGAGGGGACGGUCUGUGAGACGGUGGGCGAGUCUCUCUGCUGUCAUUCAAACGCGAGCGGGAGUAAUUAUGAGUUUAUAUGGACGCAAACUUAUAUUAUGUGGGAGUCCACUGCUUGUUUAGCAAGUAUACAUGCUGCACAGUGUUUUGUACAUGUA